AUGGCCCAUUUCUCCCGCAACGACGAGGCGAUGCUGCAGGCGAUGCUGAAGCAAUUAUUUCAGAGCGUGAAGGAGAAAAUCACGGGUGCUCCUUCUUUGGAGUGCGCCGAGGAGAUCCUGUUACACCUGGAGGAAACUGAUGAAAAUUUUCACAACUAUGAAUUUGUGAAAUACCUUAGACAAUACAUAUGCAACACUUUGGGGUCUAUGAUUGAAGAGGAAAUGGAAAAAUGCAUAUCUGAUCAGAAUCAAAGGGAAGAACCUGGCUAUGACACAGUUGUACAGUGUGUUACUAAAAGAACUCAGGAAUCUAAAGAGUACAAAGAAAUGAUGCAUUCCUUGAAGAACAUCAUGAUGGUAGUGGUGGAAUCUAUGAUUAACAAGUUUGAAGAAGAUGAGAUACGAAUUGAAGAGAGGCAGAAAAAAAUCCAAAAGGAGAAAAGCAAUAGUUACUGCACAGACAAUUGCUCUGAUAGUUAUUCAUCCUUCAACCAGAGUUAUAAAUUUUGUCAAGGAAAAUUACAAUUGAUUUUAGAUCAGAUGGAUCCGGGGCAACCUAAAGAGGUGCGAUAUGAAGCCUUACAAACAUUAUGUUCAGCGCCUCCAUCUGAUGUUCUGAACUGUGAAAACUGGACCACUCUUUGUGAAAAACUCACAGUCUCUCUUGCAGAUCCUGAUCCUGUGUUUAGUGACCGGAUUGUAAAAUUUUAUGCACAGACAUUUACACUUUCACCAUUACAUAUGACUAAAGAAAUUUACACAAGCUUAGCUAAACAUUUGGAAUUAUACUUUCUUUCUAGAGAAAGUCAUAUUCCUACUCUUUCGACUGGUAUAGAUAUAUCUAAUUCUAAUGUGAUCCGUUUACUUAAAAAGGUUCGUCUUCUAAAUGAAUAUCAGAAAGAGGCUCCAUCUUUCUGGAUUCGUCAUCCAGAGAAGUAUAUGGAGGAAAUUGUAGAGAGUACUUUAUCAUUGUUAGCAGUUAAACAUGAUCAAAACCAUCUUGUCUCACAAAAGAUUUUGGAUCCAAUUUACUUUUUUGCAUUGGUCGAUGCCAAGGCUGUGUGGUUCAAAAAGUGGAUGCAUGCAUAUUACAGUAGAACUACACUACUAAGACUUCUUGAACAGAAAUAUAAAUCUCUGAUAACUACAGCAGUUCAGCAGUGUGUUCAGUACUUGGAAUUGUGUGAGACCAUGAAAGCUGAUGACAUUUUGAGACAUUCAAAGCACUGUGGGAACAAACGGAAAAAUUUCUAUUACUCAGGACAAGAAUUACAGUAUAUUUAUUUCAUUCACUCACUGUGCCUUUUAGGAAGGUUAUUGGUCUAUACUCAAGGCAGAAAGCUAUUUCCUAUAAAGUUGAAGAAUAGAAAAGAUUCAGUAUCCCUUAUAGAUCUGUUGGUUCUAUUUACCCAGCUUAUCUAUUAUUCACCAAGUUGUCCAAAGAUGACAUCAGCUGCACAUUCAGAGAAUUACUCUCCUGCAGGUAUGGUCACUGAAGUUCUACAGAUACUCUGUGAUCAAAAAGAAUGUGCAAUGGAAUGCUUAUAUAACAGUACUGUGAUAGAGGCACUUCUUCAGCCUAUUCAUAAUUUAAUGAAGGGAACUGAGGCUGCUUCAUAUUGCUCGGAAACAGCUUUAAUUCAUAUAGCUGAUAUUUUAGCAAGAAUUGCAUCUGUAGAAGAAGGUCUUAUUUUACUUCUUUAUGGAGAGAAUGUGAACUCUUCCGAAGAAGAAAAUCCUACAGGUGCUCACAUAAUUGCCCAGUUUUCGAAAAAACUUCUUGACGAAGAUACUCCUAUUUUUUCUGGAUCAGAGAUGUUGCCUGUGGUUACAGGAGCUUUUAUUUCUGUGUGCCGUCAAAUAUAUGGUACAUGUGAAGGCUUGCAAGUGUUAAUUCCUUAUGGUUUGCAUGAAUCUAUAGCAAAGGCAUGGAGGAAGACAUGUUUGCUAUCAGAAAGAAUUCCUACCCCAGUAGAGAGUUCUGAUUCUGUUUCUUCAGUAAGCCAGCAAUCUCAAAACAUUAUGGCUUGGGAAGAGAAUCUGUUAGAUGAUUUACUAAAUUUUGCUGCCACCCCCAAAGGACUACUACUUCUUCAAAGAACAGGUGCCAUCAAAGAAUGUGUGACACUAAUGUUCAACCGAUAUGAAAAAAAAUUACAGAUCAGCAGGCAUAAAAAGUUUGGCUAUGGUGUUAUGGUUACUCAAGUGGCAUCAACAGCAGCAGGUGCAAUAGCAUUACAGACUUCAGGGUUUAUUAAUGCACUUAUAACUGAAUUAUGGACCAAUUUGGAAUGUGGAAGAGAUGAUGUUGGGGUAAUCUAUCCUAGAUCUACUCCAGUGGAUCCUAUUGACCGAAGUUGUCAAAAGUCUUUUCUAGCACUGGUGAACUUGUUAUCCUGUCCUGCUGUGUAUGAGCUGCUAGGCAAUCAAGACCUUCCUAAUAAAGCAGAGUACUCUCUUCGUGAAGUCCCCACAUGUGUUAUUGAUAUUAUUGAUAGACUUAUAAUUUUGAAUACUGAAGCUAAGAUUCGUUCUUUAUUUAAUUAUGAACAAUCACAUAUCUUUGGACUAAGAGACUUCAUAAUUGAUGGCUUAUCUGUAGAGAGAAAUCAUGUUCUUGUUAGGAUAAAUCUUAUUGGUGGGCCAUUAGAACGGAUUUUGCCUCCAAGGAUACUAGACAAGGGUAAUGAUCCAUAUCCUUGGUCAAUGUUUUCAUCAUAUCCUUUGCCAAACUGCUAUCUUUCAGAAGUUACAAGAAAUGCUGACAUAAAGGAAGAUAAUGAUCUUAGCAAGCUAUUAUUACGUCUCAGCAUUUCUGAUAAACAAACUGAGUGGAUAGAAAACUGCCGAAGACUGUUUUGCACAAUGAUGAAGACCAAACCUGAUACCAUCAGUGGAGUGGCUUUGGUAGAAUUACUGGAAAAAUUUGUAUUUCAUCUUUCAGAAACCUCAUCUGAAUGCUACUUCCCUUCAGUGGAAUAUGCAGAUACCACAGUCAGUGUUAUCUUUUCCAAGGUGACUUUCCAAAAUGGUGAACAAGUCUUAGUAAGAUAUGGCAAAUUCCUCAACCUGUUAAAAGAUGGUGCAGAAAAUCAUCUUUCCUGGGUCUUAAAGCACUGUAAGAGAUUCCUGAAACAGCAGCAAGCUCCUGUAAAAUCUUCCCUUCCUUUUGAGCGGUACCUACCUAUUGACACUAUAGAAUCUGGCAUCCAUCCAAUAUAUUUUUGCAGCGCUCACUAUAUUGAAAUGCUACUGAAGGCUGAGGUGCCACUUGUGUUUUCAGCUUUCCAUAUGUCUGGUUUUGCACCAUCACAGAUUUGCCUACAAUGGAUAUCUCAGUGCUUUUGGAAUUAUUUAGAUUGGAUAGAUAUCUGCCAUUACAUUGCUACAUGUGUUUUCCUUGGUCCUGAUUAUCAAGUAUAUAUCUGUAUAGCUAUAUUCAAACAUCUACAACAAGAUAUUUUACAGCACACACAGGCUCAAGAUCUGCAGGUUUUCCUAAAAGAAGAAGCACUGCAUGGGUUUCGAGUGAGUAAUUACUUUGAAUACAUGGAAAUUUUGGAGCAAAACUACAGACCAGUGCUGCUGAGAGACAUGCGGAACGUUAGAGUGCCAAGCACAUAG